AGGAAUAAAUUCAGCAACAUUUGGUCGGUCGUAGUAUUUCAGAACUAGCUUCUAACCAGUCUUGCAAUAACUGCUACUCAGACAGCGGUUCAGCUUCGCAAUGAACUUACCCGCAAGCAUUCCAGUACGGACAUUUAUAUCCGGUUGCCAUAUUCUUCAUCGUCACCAUGUGCUUGAUGCUUAUGGCCAUCUAUCGGUCAGAAAUCCGGAACGUAGCGACACAUUUUUCAUGUCUCGCGAUCUAGCGCCAGGUCUUAUUUCAUCAUCUGUGGACUUGGUUGAAUACUUUGUGCACGAUGCGUCUCCAGUGAAUCCCGCCAGUCCGGCGGGAUAUAUCGAGCGAUUUAUCCACAGUGAAAUCUAUCAAAAAUACCCCGAAGUCCAGAGUGUUGUCCACAGCCAUGCGUCGACAGUACUCCCUUAUACCAUAACAGGUGUGAAUUUGAGACCAUGUGUACACAUGAGCGGUUUUCUAGGCGCAUCAGUCCCCAACUUCGACGUUGCUAAGUUCUACAAAGAGGAUGACAAAUGUGAUCUCUUGAUUCGAAACAAGGAUUUAGGAGCCCAUCUUGCGGAAUGCUUUUCCGCUCCAGAAAGCGACAGUGAAUCGACACGGUCUGUGGUUCUAAUGCGUGGCCACGGCUUCACCGCAGUCGGGGGUAGCAUUCCAGAAAGUGUCUAUCGUGCUAUUUACACAGUCGAGAAUGCGAAGAUUCAGACCGUAAGUAUGACGCUCAGCGCUGCGGCAGCAAAAGGGGAUGGACCGCAUAGUGGCAUCUACUUUCUUCCAGAGCACGAAAUACGGGGCACGAAGGAACUCACCCAACGGUCAGUGAUGAGAUCAUGGAAACUAUGGGUGCGGGAGGUUGAGACGGGUGGUCUGUAUACAAACCUUGCUUAGGUUGGUUUUUGUUGCCUUGUCACUUUAGUAGUACAACAGGAGAGACAUCUUCUAUCUUUCAAUCCUUCAUGUCAACGGGACGAGAGCAUAAGGCUGCAGUGGUUUGUCACUGGUAUCAAGGUACAAAUGGGCUGAAACCAACGCGGAUCGGAUAUAGCCUCGAAAAUGGCGGGAAUCUUCGAUAUUUACUCUAUGUUUUAGCGGAUAGUAACGGUAUCAUUGAUCUUUGACCAUGUUGUGUUUUGAAUGAUAGCUACCUAGUUAAU